AUGCUGGUGCCGGAGUACGGGGACCUACCCAUCUCGCUAUCGCUGGGGGUGUUUGGCAUGCCAGGAGCCACCGCGUACUUCGGACUGCUCGACAUCUGCGACCCUAAGCCUGGAGAGACGCUGGUCGUCAGUGGCGCAGCAGGCGCUGUAGGGUCCAUAGUCGGGCAGAUAGCUCGCAUCAAGGGCUGCAAGGUCAUCGGCAUCGCUGGCUCCGACGCAAAGGUGAAGUGGCUGAAGGAGGAGCUGGGUUUCGACGAGGCGAUCAACUACAAGACGUCGGACGUGGAGAAGGCGGUAGCGGCGGCAGCGCCCUCAGGCGUGGACGCCUACUUCGACAACGUGGGCGGCGCCGUGAGCCAAGCCGUGCUGAGCAACAUGCGGCCCCGCGGCCGCGUCUGCCUCUGCGGCAGCAUCUCGACGUACAACCAGGAGAGCGUCCCCACGGCGCCCGUCGCCGGGACGCAGGUGCAGGACCGCCAGCUCAGGAUGGAGUGGAUCAAGAUGAGUUCCCGAUGGGGACGCCAGGACGGCGCCUUCGCGGAGAUGGCACAGUGGAUCAGGGAGGGCAAGCUCAAGUACAGGGAGACGGUGACCGAAGGCUUCGAGAAGACGCCGGAGGCCUUCGUCGGUAUGAUGAAGGGGGAGAACAUUGGCAAGGCGGUCGUUAAAGUGUAACACGGCGCCGCUU